AUGAGUACCUUUAAUGGUGAGACACAGGGGACAGAUGUGACGAAGGCGUUCCCAGACCGGGUGAAGGGAAAAACAUGUACCACCAUAACCCCAACAGACCAGGUAUAUAAACUAACACCCGCCACGACAGUCCUAAUAUGCGGUCUUAAACGAGGCGACCUAGCCGCAACAACGGCAGACGCCCUCGCUCACGGCGGCGCAGGAACCAUAAUAUAUACAGGCCGCUCACAGUCCGAACUACAGCCAGUAGUUGACCACAUCAAUCGGAAAUACAAAAUGGUCAAAAUGAUCUUUGUGACGGCCGACGUUGGCAGCCUGGCUUCGGUCCGUGAGGCAGCGAAUAAUAUCAGGAAGCUGGGCAUGACCAUUGAUGGCUUCGUUGGGUUUCCCGAGGUCAUGGCUGUACCGUGGACGCUCACGGAGGACGGACUCGAGUCUCAUUUCCAGAGGAAUUACCUAUGUUAUUUCCUGACGCUAAAUCUGCUGUGUGAUGUUAUGGGGCUUGGGUCGAGGGUUGUUCUGGUUACGUCUAGUCUGCGGAACGAGGCACCUGCACCUUCGUGGGAUGAUUUGGAAUUUGAAAAUGGAGAAAAUUACAACUGCCUCGACGGAUACUCGAAGUCGAUGCUCGCGAUUAUCUUGUUUAUCAAGUCUCUUGCGAAGAAGUAUAGUGAUCGAUCUAUCGCUGCAUUUUCUGCAAAUCCAGGAAAUACCAAAACCAACAUCCAAACAUACGUUGCAAUGGAGGAGAUCAAGUCCUGGCUGCAGCGGAAGAAAGAAUUGGGUGAAGAUAUACCGGUCCUUUUACAGCAAGCGCCGAAGUCUCUUGGUCAGGGUAGUGCAACAGUCUUGCGCGGAUUACUCGAUCCAGACCUUGAAGGUAAGAUCAUAAGAUAA